AUGUCAGCAAGUGCUUUGAAAGAUCUCAAUAUUUCUCAAUCAACAGACCUGGAGAAUGGAAAAGACAAUUCUGUGAAAUCCUGCAUUAGCAAACCUGUGUUGAAUGGCAACAGUUGUGCCAACGAGGAAGAAAGUUCUCUGUCUGCUUGCCCUGAUGCUGUGACGAAUGGAAAUGUGGCUGGAAAUGCAGACGUGGAGUACAUUGAUUCUGAGAAUCUAGUAGAUCUACCAGAUGUCGAUGCCGCUCUAAGUACCUUAGUUAAAAGGUUGGAUUCAAAGGACUGGGUUAUGACAUGUGAAGCUCUCAACAAUGUUCGUCAGUUGGCAAUGUAUCACAAGGAAAGAUUGCAGGAGCUGCUGGAGCCUCUAGUUCCUCUUAUCGUGAAAUCAGUGAAGAAUCCCAGAAGUGCUGUAUGCAAAACAGCACUAAUGACUUGUGCUGACAUCUUUAAGGCCUAUGGUGACCUAAUGGUUGACUCUAUUGAUCCACUGCUAGUGCAGUUGUUUCUAAAGGCUUCACAAGAUAAGCGAUUUGUCUGUGCAGCUGCUGAGGCAGCUCUUAUAUCGAUGACUAGUUGGAUCUCCCCUUUACUACUGUUACCAAGAAUGCAGCCCUACCUCAAGAACAGGAAUCCGCGGAUUCGAGCAAAAGCAUCAGUGUGUUUCAGCAAGAGUGUACCUUGCCUAGAUGUGCAGGGAAUCAGAGAAUAUGGAAUGGAUAAGCUCAUCCAGAUUGCAGCAACCCAACUUAGUGACCAGCUUCCUGAAUCAAGGGAGGCUGCUCGCAACCUGGCGCUGGAACUACAAGCAUUCUAUGAGAAGUCUCAGGCCUUAACUUCUGACGAAAAUGAGGGCGAACCUUGUGUCUCACAAGAUGCUGAAUCAUGGGAGGCUUUCUGCCAGUCCAAGCUUUCUGCCUUGAGCGCCCAAGCCAUCCUUCGUGUGACCACCUCUACUGCUCCAGAAGAGGGUGUUGCUUCUACUACAAAUACUACAAAAGAGGGUGUUGCCUCUACUACAAAUUCUACAAAAGAGGGUGUCACCUCCGCCCCAAAAGAAGUUGGGAAUCUGUUGAUUAUUGGUUCAGGAAUUCAGGUGUGA